AUGGAGUCCAAUUCCAAUGAGUCAUUUACAUCAACUGCUGCUUCUUCUUCCACCAGUCAGAGGCGGAAAAAUACAAUCCGACCGCCAGUCGCUGCUCCUUUUCUUCGGGAACGAAUUGCUCCCUCACCUUUGGUCACAUCUGCUCUCGGAACUGGAGUGCAGAAUCCAACGGACGGAAAUGCACCUGAAAGUUCGGAAAAAGUGAUCGAGGUACCGAAAAGGAAAAGCAAUCCGUGGAGUUUCGAGGAUGUCUCCGCUUUUUACGAAGGGAUCAAAAUAGUAAGAAACUGCAAAAAGCAAGCGUCCAGUUGACUUUUUCAGCACGGGAAAGACUUCGACAGCGUAGUAAAAGUUAUGGCGAAAAGGAAAGUUGAAAAGACGAAAGAGCAUGCGAAAGUAUUCUUCUUUAAUUCGGCAAAAGCCUACAAACAAAUGUUAUCGCUUUCGGAUGGUAGGAAACGAUUGCGCUUAUUUCUCUUUAUUCCCUCAAGGUUUUACAGACGAUCUGAACAGCAUUCCGAGAGAUGCGCGGGAACUUUUUCUUCUCGUGAAUGCGUGCGAAUGGAAACGUAAAACAAGCAACAUGAAAAUGAAUCCGGAAAAACUCAAAGAGCUUGUAUAUGAUGGGUGGGCAGGAAGCACCGGAUUCCCGAGAUUAACUGUUCUUUUCAGAUCUGUCAACGUGAGAGUAGGAAAGAAGUUUGUGAGAAUCAGGACACCGCCGUGCCCAGCACUUUGUAGAUACUUCUGUACGUCCGUCAAUAUUUCUGUUUCGAAAUGGCACUCGUUACAGCUUGUCGAAAAGCGGAGAAGAUCCCUUCGGAACUGUUCGUUCACUUGGAGCCAACCAGCAAUGGAGACCAUACAUUCGUUCGAAAUCGCAAUUACAAUCCGUUUUUGCGAGUCAAACUGAACACAAAUGAUCGAAUUUCAAAACUUCUCGAGUUCCUUCAGAAGAAAUGGGCCGCCGCUAACGACAAAUCGGCCCUUUCUGUAACUUUGUGGCCCGACAGUUCUUGUGAAGUGGCCUCACUAAGCGUUCACACCGUUGAGACAUCGCCGUUCAUCUCACUUUCAAUGAAUAAAUUAAAGAAGCACUUGGAAGAUGUUAAAGAUAGAACAGAUCCGAAGAAACCAGCGGUGGCUGGAGUUCAGAUGGCUGCGGAGGUGAAUACAAGUGAGCGAAUACUACAGAAACAUUGAGAGAGAGAGAAACCACUCGACUUCAGAAUCGAAACCGAACCACACUGUCUACUAUCCGCGACCGUUCACUUUGACUGACAAGGUUCUCGCAGAGGGAAUCACCCACCGGAAUAUCACGAGUGCGAUAAUGGCCGAGUUGUUCUGUGUUGUAAGCACAUUUCCUAUCCUUCCUCCUCGCAUUAAAUACUCAUUUUUCAGUGUGGAAGAAGCAAUCCAAUUCAGCUGAGAUACCAAAUAAGCUACGAACAACCGGAUGGCCAACCGGCUGCACCAGAGCCAUGGAGAGUGAUGAUCGAUCUGUUGAAACGAGGGUACGGAGAAGCUCUGACUAAUUGCAAGAAAGAAGAAGAGAAAGAUCGACGGAGAGGGCAAAGAGAAGCCGAGAUGGCGUUAGUUUGAUUACAAAAACAUCAUUUCACGCUUUCGAUCAGUUACAGAGAACCCGCUGCGAAGAAAAAGAGGGCGACCGAGGAGUUACCACCGCCAUCCGCAUCUACUUCGUCUGAGCCAGCUAAAAGGAUGGAGCAAUAUCCGGUUGCCGACAUUGUUCGUCAGGAGAAUGAAGAUUUCGCGAGUCAGUUGGCAAUGCUUCGAAAGACGCAGCGACAGAAAACAGUUUCCUCGAAGCGGAAGAAGUCGGCGGCGCCCGUGCUCUCAACGAACACUCCUCCGAUCUCAAUGCGUCCCCCCGUCACCAGUCCGGCUACUGUCAUGCAACCACCUCAACAGCAGAUAUUCGUUGCUCCAAUGUGCACAAUUAUACCGAGAAGAGCAACAAUGAUUCCAGCUAGAACUCCAGUCAGGGCGAUCUUGAGCGGACAGUCACAAGCGGGACCGUCAACCAGCGGACCACCGAAAUUGCCGACGGACUUCUCCUCGGUCGUUGUGUCCCCGAAAAAGACGGUCGUCGAUGCUGAACAGCAAAGGAAAUGGACGGACGACUUUCUGUCCUCGCUGCGUACGCCGGUGGAAACUCCAGUGCAGACUCCGAUGGUUUGGUUAAAUUUCCCUGAAAAUGUUUUCAAGUACUUAUAUUCAGAAGCCCACAAUGCAGCAAUUGUUUGGAGACGACCUGUCAAUGUCCCCUUCAUCCACCCGACACGCAUCUCAUUUGGAGGCCCCGGAAGGAGCUAAUUCGUACGCAAAAUCGUCCAUGAACAAUCAUUCAUAUUUCAUAAUCUUUCGAUUUUUCAGUUCUGUGGUCGACUUCACCGACAUGAUGUAUCAGCAUAUAAAGGACAAUACUACCGAUAUAACGAUGUCCAACCAGGGACUGCAGUUCUCGGUCACGGAAGUGCACGAAGUGUACGACGACAUGAUGUGCUCCUCGCAGAACAGUCACGACUACAUACUCCAGCAGUUCGAGAAGAAGAAGAUCACUCCGAAGAGACGCAAAUAA